AUGACAAGAGUGCAGGAAAGGCUGUGGGCGGAACCACAGCUUCUGGCGAGGCGGAAGAACACAUCCGGGCCAGACUUGCCCAGCGCAAAGAAGCCGAGGGCCAUGGCUCUCAGGCCGGAUAUGGUGCUGGCACUGGAACUUCAGAGGCUGGAGGAUACGGCCACUCUUCGGCGCAGCACGCGCCUUCUUCCACGCAUGGAACGACGCACGGAAACGCGUCAAGUGGCACUGGGACAACCUCUCAAAACCAUGGAACAUCAAAUUCCCACACCUAUGGAACAUCUGGAACCCAUGGCGGCAUUGACACGGCCCAAGGCGGCGCGUACGGGUCGGGAACAAACACCGCCCAAGGCGGCGCCUUCAGCACCGGAAAAACUACUACUGGUGGAACUACCGGAAAUACUUCUGGUGCAACUUCUGGCACCCAUGGAAGCUCUUACACCUCUAGCACCUCUGGCACCUCUGGCUCCCGUGCUCCCGGCACCGGCCCCACGUCGCACUCGGACGCCGGCGCCCGUCUCGACCCGACCAACCACGGCAACACCACUCUGA